ACACCCGCAACUGUACCUCUGUGUGCAACGUCAAAUCGGUCUGUCGCUCGUUGAGUGUUUGUGUCAUGGCGUUUUGAGUCAUUAUUCGAACUUCUGUCUGUAACUGGAAUAUAAUAAGAGAUCAGACCGAUCUUAUAUUAGAUAAUUAGUUUCGACGCAGUGAGUUCUAUUGACCGUUCAAAAGGUGAAUAACCGGCAGGAUGCUGUCAAAUUCACUUAACUAAAACGUCCAGCCGAGUUGCCGACGACGCUGCUCUCUUGCUUCGCUGUGCAUUUACAGAACCAAAAAAAAAAUGUUUUUAGUUCGGUGCUCUCUGUAAAUUAAAUUCUGCAAUUGUUUUUCGUGUCGUUUUUGCAUGGCGGCGGCUUUUCUCUGACUUCACGCGGGUUGGUCGUCUUUGCCGUGAAGGAAGUGCUUAACGGGCGUGCGAUUGUGUGACUUGAGUGCGAGUGAAAAAAGAGAAAGAAAAAACGGAAAACAGUGCUUUGUGCGAAAAUAAACAAAGAAAAGGCCUUAACGUUGCCGCGGGGAAGGGAAGACUUCAAGGUCUCUUCAGUUCAUUCUCUAGAAGGCGAAAAGUUGCCAGCAGGCCAAUUGGCAAAGAAGUGACACGAAUCCCAUGCCCAACAUGAACGGCUUGAGUUUAUCGGAAUUGUGCUGCCUAUUUUGCUGCCCACCUUGUCCUGGUCGAAUCGCCUCGAAAUUGGCGUUCCUGCCGCCCGAACCAACCUACGAACUGAAAGCUGAUGAGAGCAGUCCAACGAAAUUUUCCUUGGUACUCCACGAACGUGCAGACUGGCAGUUUGGUGAACGCGAGAAAGAGUACUUCGAGUCCUUCUACACAAGAUCGUCGCGAGGCAAUCGUAUCGCCUGUUUGUUUGUCAGAUGCAGCUCAAAUGCUAGAUUUACAAUAUUAUUUUCACAUGGAAACGCAGUCGAUUUGGGGCAAAUGACAAGUUUUUUUGUUGGCUUAGGCCAGCGAAUAAAUUGCAAUAUAUUCAGCUAUGAUUACUCAGGAUAUGGAGUUAGUACAGGUAAACCAACAGAAAAAAACCUUUACGCGGAUAUAGAUGCAGCAUGGCAAGCAUUACGAACUCGAUAUGGAAUUAGCCCGGAAAAUAUAAUAUUGUAUGGACAGAGUAUUGGUACAGUACCAACAGUGGAUCUAGCUAGUAGGUAUGAAGUCGGUGCAGUUAUACUUCACUCACCAUUAAUGUCAGGAAUGAGAGUUGCCUUCCCCGCGACCAAACGUACAUGGUUUUUCGACGCAUUCCCCAGCAUUGAUAAGGUUCCAAAAGUGACAUCACCGGUACUUGUUAUUCACGGCACAGAAGAUGAAGUAAUCGACUUCCAACAUGGAUUAACAAUUUACGAAAUGUGUCCUCGCGCAGUUGAACCUCUGUGGGUAGAAGGAGCGGGCCACAACGAUGUGGAGAUGUAUGGACAGUAUUUAGAUCGGCUUAAGCAAUUUGUUUCCGUAGAACUAGUCAACUGACACAAAGCCGACAAAACAAAUAGCGUAAAUAGUGUUCAAGAGGCUGUUUCAGGAGAAGAUGUUUUAGACGAUGUCGACGAUGAUGUUUCCAUCACUUUAAGUUCAACCACCACAAACAAUUCUACAACUGAUAAGUUACUAUAGCAUCAAAUGCCUGGUGUUAGCCAUGCUUUCGCACUCCCACCAACC